AUGGCACCUCCCCCGGGACCAAAAGGGAUCCCCAUAUUUGGGAGUCUCUUGGAUUUGAAGUCUGGGCGUGACGACCUGGACUACAAGAUGUACCGACACCUCGCGUCCUAUGGUGAAAUGACCACGAUACACCUUGGUUCUAAGACAUGGGUUCUCCUCAAUAGCCAGCGCGUUGUGAGUGAGCUUAUUGCCAAGAGAGGAUCCCUUACCAACGGCCGAUCGCCGAUGCCUGUUGCUAGCGGCAUAAUCAGUCGCGAUGGCCGUUCAGUGCUAUUACCACCUAACGGAUGGACCGAGAAGCGCCGGGUUAUGCAUUCCUUGCUCAGUGGUACCGCGCUAAACCAGUACGCUGCCUGGCAAGAACUCGAGAGUACACAGCUUCUAGCUGAGUACCUAUAUCAGCCCGAGCUAUGGUAUCGACACCACUACCGCUAUGCAAACUCGGUGAUACAUCGUAUCGCGCUUGGCGAGCGCUUGGUUAAGACAGGCAAGGAACUAGCUGAUCUUCAAGAUGUGGUAACGCACUUCGUCGGAAGCAUAGGAGCGAGCUUGGUAGACUGGUUCCCAGAGCUGGACUCGCUGCCGAGGUUUCUUCAGGUAUGGCGUAAGCACUGGGAGAAACUGGGCCAAUGGAACUAUGAGGUAUAUCGGUCGUGGUGGGUGCCAGUACGCCAGCAGAUCAAUGCUGGAAUUGCGCCACCAUCAUUCGUCCGCGAUGUUCUCCUGCAUGAGAACACAAAGUUCACUGGAGAUGACGAAGAGGCUAUGUAUGUUGCGAUGCAACUCAUUGAGGCGGGCAGUGAUACCACGCGCGGAGCUCUAAACAUCUUUACGAUGGCCACUCUCUGUCACCCGGAAGCCUUUCAAAAGGCGCGUGAAGAAGUCGAGAGAGUCUGUGCCAAUGACAAGAAUAACUUGAGGCUCCCAAAUAUCACCGACAUGGCGCACAUGCCUUAUAUUUGUGCUUUUAUCAAGGAAAUCCUACGCUGGAGGCCUAUGUUUCCUCUUCUGCCUGAUCAUGUGCUCACAUCGGAUUUGGAAUUUGAAGGAUACCAGUUUCCAGCUGGGGUGGGCUUUGUCAUAAAUGGCAUUGCAGUUGGCAAUGAAUGUGAGGACCCUGAUACCUUCAAGCCGGAGAGAUGGCUGGAUGGACAUGAGGCAGAUGUGGCUCAUGGUUUAUGGCAAUUUGGAGGAGGGCGACGUAUCUGUGUAGGGUACCGUCUUGCACAAAGGGGCCUUUUCCUUAACAUUGCCCGCUUGGUGAUGUGUUAUGAUUACGCAGCAGCUGGUCCUUAUAAUUCUCGGCAUCUCAAUCAUCAUCGCACCGACGAGCCAUUCCCUGUCAAGGUUACAGUGAGAAGCAAAGAGUAUGCUAAGCUCAUUAUAGAGGAGGCCACGCGAGAAGGUGUUCUAGAGUGUGCAAAGGGUCCUAAUUGA